AAGUUGCAUGAUGUGUGAUGAGUUGGAGAUUCUUAACAGGGAGAUUGAGAGGUUAUUACAAAGCAGCAUCGUGGAAGGAAGCUCUUUAAGCUCAGAAUCUCUUCAGACAUCAACCUCUGAUUCCUGGGAUGUAGCUACUGCUUCAAGCAGUGGACCACAAGGCAGUUUAGUGAAGGUAGCUGUAUCGAGUGGAGCAUUGCUGGUUUCAGAGUCUUCAGGAUGGCAUCAAGAUGACCAUUACACUUCUGACUUCCCCAGAAUAGCCUCUGUUGUUGGGAUUAUGCUGAAUGAUUCUGAUUUACUUCUGCCCUCCUGUGAUUCUUCCCUCGGCUUAAGUGGACAGGAAGAACUAAUUCCAGCAACCUCUAAUGCUGUGUCAGAGGUGACUUUUUGGAACAGUAAUAUCAAUACUAUGGAAGAAGAGAAUUUGGAAUCUGUGGCACUGGAGUCUCAGUCUAAUAUGGAAAAUUCUUCUCUUGCUGUGGAUGACAAAGGUGAGCAAAGCAAUGAGGAUGAACAAAAAACAGUUAAACCCACUAGCAAGGAGUUCAAGAAAACAUGGGGGUUUCGAAGGACUACUAUUGCAAAGCGAGAAGGCUUAGGAGAUGCUGACAUGGACAUUGCUGAACAAGCAUCUCCUCAGCAGCAAAAUCUGGCUCUUAGGCGUAGUGGACGACAGCCCAAACGUACUGAACGGGUCGAAGAAUUUCUUACAACAGUGAGGCGCAGAGGACGGAAGAAUCUUCCUGCAACUCUUGAGGACUUCAGCGAGCCAACAUCUUGCCAUGUUACUGAUGUUGAAACUGCUUCUGAAGGCAGUGUAGAAAGUAUGCCAGAUAUAAAAAAUAUAACUCAAAAGGGCCGUUCUAAUGACAGUAGAGGCCAGCCAACUCGAAAAGGAAGAAGUGCUAAAGAGCAUGAUGAGGAAGAGGGUGAGGAAGAUACAUCUGACAGUGAUAGCGAUGGGUUAACAUUGAAAGAGUUGCAGAACCGUCUGAGAAAGAAACGCAUUGAAGAGAAACCCUCAGAACUAACACUGAAAGAGAUACAGAAUCACCUCAGGAAGAAACAUCAAGAACAAGUUCCUACUGAGAUAGUUGAUGACCAGAUAGGCAACCAAAUUAAGCAUGAAAUAACUAUAAAGCAAGAACCAGGAACUACAGAUAAUGCUGAGGCUGGAGAACAAGGCUCUGUCUCUAAGGAAACCAGUGAAGCAGGUCAGAUUAAGAAAGAAAUAAAAUGUGCUGUUCAGACCCCUGAUGAACUUGAAGAAUGCACAAAGGGUAAAUCAGAAGCAGAAGUAUACGAUCCCAGUACGCUGUAUUGUAUCUGUCAACAGCCUCACAACAACAGGUUUAUGAUUUGUUGUGAUAGAUGCGAGGAAUGGUUUCAUGGGGACUGUGUAGGUAUUUCAGAGGCUCGUGGGCGCCUGCUGGAAAGAAAUGGGGAAGACUAUAUCUGCCCAAAUUGCACCAUUCUGCAGGUGCAGGAUGAAACAGUUACAGAAGCAGAUCAACAAGAAGCUUUGUUGGGACAGGUAACAGGUGAUGGCACAGAGUUCACAAGCAUAGGAACUAUUGAACAAAAGUCCAUUGAGGAUCAAGGCAUCAAAGGUCGUAUUGAGAAAGCUGCAAAUCCAAGUGGAAAGAAAAAACUCAAAAUAUUUCAGCCAGUAGUUGAAGAUCCCGAAGCAGCCAAUUGCAUUGGCCCAGGGUGCUCUAAGGUGGCUCAGCCAGGUUCAGUAUACUGCGGUCAUGAGUGCAUCCUUAAACAUGCUGCUGCCACCAUGAAAUUCCUCAGUGAAGGCAAAGAACAGAAAUCCAAAGAGAAAAGCAGACCCAAAGCUGUUGUCAUAAAACCUCAGCCUCUGGUGGGUACCAAACCUUUGUCCAUACAGAAGAGACCCAUUCCUGAGAAGAGAGAGAUGGUGAUGAAGAAAACAUCGGUGGCCACUGUUAAGACAGAAGCAAACACUCAAACAGUUGCUAAAGAACCAGCCUCAGAGAGCAGCACGCCAUCCUGGGCAAGCGAUCAUAAUUAUAAUGCAGUAAAGCCAGAACAGACUCCUGCCAAUUCAUCAGCACUGUUGUUCAAAUCACAUAAAGAAGAGCGGAAGAUUGAGGAUAAACCAGGAGAGCCUUCUAUGGCAUCGAAGAAAACUGUUGGGCCAACUUCUGCAGUUGAGAAACACAUGUCUUCCCAAACAAGAAGUCUGCCUCCGAAGAAACCCUCUCCAUUUGCCAGUUCAUCACUUACUAAGCCUCCAUUGAAACACUCAGCAGCAGGUUUUAAAGGGGUAAUACCUAAGAAGUCUUCGCUUUCAACAGGUUCUCCUUCUUCAGGCACUGUCUCAUCCUCAAAGUCGUCUUUGUCCUAUGGAGCAUCUUCCAUGUCUAAAAAACCAGUUCCCCCCUCUAGCACAGUUGCAGGGCUUAAGAAACCCAUGAUGUCUUCCACUUCUUCAACAACAUCCUUGCCUCCACAAGCAAAGCUAACUGCAAGCGCCAACCAGUCGCAACCUAAUUCUCAGAUUCGACAAAACAUACGGAGAUCUCUUAAAGAAAUUUUGUGGAAAAGAGUAAAUGACAGUGAUGACCUGGUCAUGACAGAAAGUGAAGUGGGGAAAAUUGCACUGAAUAUUGAAAAGGAGUUGUUCAAUUUAUUCCAGGCUACAGAUAAUCGAUAUAAGAGUAAAUAUCGCAGUAUUAUGUUCAAUCUCAAGGACCCCAAAAAUCAGGGUCUUUUCCAUCGCGUUCUUCGAGAAGAUAUUCCUUUGUCAAGGCUCGUAAGAAUGAAGCCUGAAGAACUUGUAUCUAAAGAGCUAUCAUCGUGGAAAGAAAAACCAGCCAAAUCGAUAAUGGCAUCUAGACGUAAAACCUUUGAAAAUAAAAAAAUGGCUGUGAAACAAGACCCCAUCCCAGAUGUUAACAUGGAAGAUUCCCCACCAGUGUCUGAUUCUGAUGAGCAGCAAGAGUCCGAUCGAGCAGCACCUGAGAAGAGCAGUGCUCCUGUUUUGGAUGUUUUCAGCAGUAUGUUGCAGGACACCACAAGUCAGCAUCGUGCCCAUCUCUUUGAUCUGAAUUGCAAAAUUUGUACAGGUCAGAUUUCUGCAUCCGAUGAAGAAUCAGCUUCAAAAAAACCCAAAUUGUCAGCUGCCAAGAAGACAGAAACAAAGUCAGAAACAAAGUCGAAACCUGAAAGCUCAGCACCAGCAGAUGACACAGAGGUCGUAAAAGAGGAAGAUCUGGAGAAUGCCCCAGAGCCCAUCGCUGAACCUGUGCCUGACAUAGUUUCUCAGCCAGGCUUGGAAAGAACUUACAUUCCUUUAUCACAAGCGCAAAACAACUCAGAACCUUCUCUAUCCACUGAGACCUCGGCCUAUCCCACAUCUUACACUGCCGGGGUCAUCACGACAGUGACUGUCUCUGGCAAAGACCCCCGAACAGCCGUGAGCACUUCAGCAGCUUCUGUUUCUGCUGGGAUUUCUCCAUUGCAUCCCACUCCCACUCCUGACAAAGUUUCUGUAGUGGAGAGCAAGCCAGAAAUAUUAAGACCUGUUUUGUCAGUUCCAAAGUCAAUUUUAACAAAACCGUCUUCAUCAGACCCAAGAUACUUGGGAGGUCCAUCAUCUUUAAAUGUCAGUAUGUCAGAGAUCUGGUCCCCCCCAGAAGGAGAUACGUCCUUGUUUCUUUCUCGUCUGAAUACCAUUUGGAAAGGUUUUAUCAACAUGCAGAGUGUGGCCAAGUUUGUCACCAAAGCUUAUCCAGUCUCUGGGUCCUUUGAUUAUCUCAGUGAGGAUUUACCGGACACAAUUCAUAUCGGAGGGAGGAUCUCACCAAAGACAGUGUGGGAUUAUAUUGGCAAACUUAAAUCCUCUGUAUCAAAGGAAUUGUGUUUAAUCCGUUUCCAUCCAGCAACAGAAGAGGAAGAAGCUGCCUACAUUUCUCUCUACUCCUAUUUUAGCAGUCGAUGCCGAUUUGGAGUUGUAGCUAAUAACAACAGACAUGUCAAGGACCUCUAUUUGAUCCCCCUCAGUGCUAAGGAUCCUAUUCCAUCCAAACUUUUGCCUUUUGAGGGACCAGGUCUUGAAUCAACCCGUCCAAAUUUAAUUCUUGGAUUAGUGAUUUGUCAGAAAACUAAGCGUCCUGCAGCUGUACUGGAAUCAGAAAAGGCUGACGAGAAGAGAAGCCGAGUCCAGAUACAGGAAGAAAUGGAAGUAUCAGGAUAUCCUAAGGGCGGCACACUUCCACAGCAAGAAAAGAAAUCUGCAAAAUUUGCACUGUAUUCUGGAGAAACAACAGCCAGUACAACACCUCCUGGUUCUCCUCCACCUCCACCUCCAAAUCCACCCUCAGAGCCAUCUUCAACAGUAGCACCUUCUGUAUCAAAAAUAUGGUCAUCAGUUAAAGCAGGAAACUCAAACACUGUGGCACCAUCUAAUGUUUCAGCGUCAGGCACUACCACUACUGGGUCUUCUACUGGUCCCUCAACCUCAAAAUCAUCCACACCGCUUGAUCACAUUUUGCAAACCCUUUUUGGGAAAAAGAAGAGUUUUGACCCUGUUCCCAAGGAACCUGAAGGUACUCAUACUUCGAAGCCUGAAGUACAAGUUGUUACUGAUGAAGGACUACCUGCUGCACCUUUAAUAGACCCCAUUGUGCAACAGUUUGGACAGAUGUCAAAAGAUAAAGCUAUUGAAGAGGAGGAAGAUGAUAGACCUUAUGAUCCUGAGGAAGAAUAUGCUCCAGAGAGAGCUUUUGAAAUGCAGGCCGGUGAAAGCAGACUUGAGAAAUGCUGUGAAACUUCAGAACAAGAAGAUGAAGCCUAUGAUCCAGAAGAUGAAACUAUCUUAGAAGAAGCAAAAGUUGCUGUGGACGAUUUACCUAACAAAAUGUAUUUAGACUCUAAGAACAACUCUAUAACCACAUCUGCCCCAUUUGUGCCUGAUACAGCUGCUGCACCAUCCUUGGUAGAGCAACAGAAAAUGCUAGAAGAACUAAAUAAGCAAAUAGAAGAACAGAAAAGACAACUUGAAGAACAAGAAGAAGCACUCAGACAGCAAAGGGCAGCUGUUGGUGUAUCAAUGGCUCAUUUUUCAGUAUCUGAUGCUUUAAUGUCACCACCUCCAAAAUCAUCCAUAGCAAAAACUGAGUUAUUCCAACAUGAAAAACAAAUCUCUGAAAAAUCUGAAAUGCCUACUUCCUCCAUUCAGUCUCAAGUGUUCAACCAAGGAAAUGAUCCUAGACAAAGCAGAGAUCCCCGACAAGCUAGAAGAAUUCUAACUGAGUGUAAUGAAAGUGUUGACUUUAAUAUAAAGCAACAUGUGAUACAGGGAGAAUCCUCUGCUGGACAGAUUCCUCCAUCCAGCUAUUCAGGUCCACUGCAAGCUUCAUUUGACAAAGAGGAUAAAUGUCAUAAUGAAGCAUGGAUUGCAAGUGAAACGGGUUCUGCUGUCUCUGAGCAAAAUGUGCCUAUCAGUUUUGAAAAUGUUCCACAAAUUCACCAGGACAUUAUAAAUAAACCAGCUUCUAUUGAAUCGCCUACAAGUGCACCUAUUCGUAAAGUACUGCUACCCACACCUCCCAAUCCAUGUUUUCUCCCCAUUUUCUCAGGCUCUAAUAAUGCUCAGACUGUAACUUGGUCAAAUGCCUCUCAGGACAGUAAUGUUCCAGGAGUCGUAAGAGAUUCUUUUUCAAGUACAACGUUUCCAUCUCAGGAGAAGGUUCCUGGUCACUUUGAAGCAGAAAGAGGUCAGUUGAAUUAUGAAGGUGAAAUAAAUCCUCAGUCUUGCCACUUUUAUGAACAGAUGGAAUCUUCCACAAUUCAAAGCGAGGAAGUAAGAGGUGGUCCUCCAUUUUCUUCAGCUGGACAAAAAGGUGGCCCUCCAGUAAUGUGUAGUGCUUCUGAUUUCCAUGGACAAAGGGGUCUACCACAACAGUUUAAUGAAGGGCAUAAUGUUCCACCAAACAAUGAUGGACCAAGGGGUCCACCACCAAACAGGUUUCCAACUCCAAGAGCACCUAUUCCUUCAUUAUUUUCUGCACAUGGUCCACCUCUUUUUGUUGAAAAUAGGGGCCCUUCACCCUCAUUUCCUGGUGGGCCAAGAGAAAAGGCACCCUCUCAAUUUGAAGAUCAUAGAGAAUCUCAUGUGGAACAGAGAGAAUUUUCAGAUUCUCAGUAUCGUGAGAUGAGUGGUCCUCCUGGACAGUUUGAAGGAUCUGAGCCUCCACAGUUUGUAGGAAAUAGAGGACCAUCUCAAUUUCCUUUUGGGGGCCAAAGGCGGCCUCCACCAAAUCAAUUUAAAAAUCAAAGAGGGGGCCCAUCAACUCAGUUUGGAGGACCAAGAGGUCCACCACCUAAUCAUUUUGGAGGUUCAAGAGGUCCUCCUCCAAAUCAGUUUGAAGGACAAAGAGGACCUGCACCAGGUCACAUGCCAGGACCAAGGGGACUUCUGCCCUCACCAUUUGAAGACAGGAGAGGAAGUCCACCACCCAGAUUUCCAAACCAGAGGGGUCCAGCACCACAUCAAUUUGGAGGACCAAGGGGACCGGCACCUGCCCCAUUUUCAGAACAAAAUGAUUCUACUCCUAAUAGACUUAAUUUUCCAGGACAGUCUCAACAAGGUAUGAAACCACCCCCCAGACCACUUUUGGAUCUUCCAAGCCAUCCUCCACAGCACAGGAAAGAGAUAUGGGAUGAAUCUGGACCAUCUUCUUCUCAUCCUAAUAUUUCAGGGCAGGGUUCUGCAUCAGAAGCACAGUGGCCAGCAUCUGAUUUUCGAGAUAGUCGAAGUAAUGACUACAGAGGCCAGGCUUUUGAAGGGAGGCAGAGGGAAAGAUUUGAGGGAGGUAAUAAGGAAAAAGCCUUAGAGCAACCUGAGAAAUCAGAUAAUAGAUCAAACAGAGGAAAUGAUGAUAGACGGAGGGAUCGGGAACACAACUGGGCUUGGGAAAGGGAUCGUGGCAGAAACUGGACUAGGGGUAGGGAACGGGAUUGGGAGAGGCACAAAGAGAAAGAUUGGGAUAAAAAUAGAGAUAGAAACUACAAUAAAGACAGGGAAAGGGAUUCAGACCGGGUCAAAGACUGGGAAAGGAACCGGGAGAGAACCAGGACCAGAGAAGGGGAUUCUUAUCGAAGACGGAACCGAUCAAGAAGCAGAGACCGCGACUACGACAGAUUCAGGGACAGGGACAGGCCCCGCAGCCGGGAGAGAGAGAAAGAGAGGGAUCGAGAGAGGGACCGCGACAAAGAUAGAGGAAGGGACUGCAAGGAGCGGAGCAAAAGUAAGGAGUGUGACAGAGACUCUAAGCCAGAACCACAGACGGGCAGCCAGAAGCCAUCGUAUCCAGAAGCUGCUCCUUCUCCUGCUAAGUAGACAUUUCAGAAGCAAAAAAAAGACCCUUCGACAAUGAGUCACUUAGAAGUAAAGGGGGCAAAACAUGUAAGAAUUGACUGUAUUACUUGUAUAUAUUGUAUAUUCUGUUAGAAAAUACUUUGGUAAAAGCUUUCAUAAAAAUGAGACAAAUUUUGAAUUGUAAAUGCAUAUAUUAAGGUAGGAAGCAGGUACAUCCUGGACUUGAUACAUUUUGUUCAUAACGUUUUCUUACAGAAUACAUCAGAGACAACCCUUCCCUGGACGGUCCCAGCCCCAGUGUACAGAUAAGAUUACAGUAGGGCACAGGACCACUGCCCUGCCUUUUUAGAGGAGGGGUCUGCAGCGGUCCUCAGGGCUCAUGUGCAUGGCCUGCUUCCCCCCAGAGAAGGAUCAUGGUGGGGGCCUAACAGUUCCAUGACGUGGCUUUUUUUCUUACUAUUUUCUUUAUCUUGAAUUUCCAUUUGCAGACAUUAAAAAAUGGGAACUGUCUUCAAAAAGCACAUUGCUUUUAAAGGAUUCAAAGUUGUGUUUUCCAAUAACUUGAUUGGUAAUUUUAUGAGAAUUUAAGCAAGAUCUUAGAAGCCAUACCUUUUCAUCUCAAAUAUAUAGUGUUUUGGUGUUUCGGGUUCCUACAUAACAGCAAAAGUCAAUAUUUCUGUCCUGAGUUAAUCUAGUUAUAGAUGGCUUUUGUGUACUUAAGAAAUGAUGGCUGAAGAGCAGUGUUGCUACUUAUUUGUAAUUUGCAGAGUAUUUGAAUAAGAAAUGUUAAAUUUCUAAACUCAUAUUUUACAUGAGGGCAUUUUGAAUGUAACUUCAACUGAUUUAAGAGCUCAGACAAUAAAUACAUAUGUCUACAUAGGUAGCUACCUUUCUUAUCAAUAGACUCUUUUAAAAUCCUGCAUUUUUAUAACAGGUGUAAUGAUGAAAAUUAAUGCCCUCUGUAUCAAUUACAACUAAGCUUUAAAAAUCACUUAUUGGAAUUUUUUAAACAUAAAUUGACUGAACAAAGUGGGGAGGAAGGAUCGUUAUCAGGAUUAAUACAUCAAGCAUUGAGUUGAAGCAGUUUGACUUUUCUUAGGGUUAUCGGUCAAAAAGAUUCAUGAACUAAAAACAGUUUAGUUGAGCCAAGAUUAAGAACAUUUAAGGUCCAACUUAGGUGGGAGAGAUUUCAGGAUGCUGGUAAUUGUCAUCCCAUUGACAUCAAUGGUACUGAAAUUCUUAAUUUUGACAGGAAUAUCUCCUGUCCAUGUGAAUUCAUGGCGAUUGUGAUGAAAUUGGAAGUAAAUAUUGUGUAAAGAUUGGAGAAAUAAAGCCGUUACUAACAAUUCUGUGCUUUAAAAGGGAAGGCUUUUCACUGUGAAAUACAGUAUUCUAUUACUUUUUCUGUAUUCUUCAAGUUCGUAAUAUAAUUCUAAUCCGUACAUAGAAAAACAUUACCAGUUGAAUUGGAUUUAUACAUUUACAGAUGAACAGUUACUUUGAUGAUAUUUUUGUAAACAUUUGCAAAUGUAAAAUUAGAUUCGUAACAUCUGCAUUUUGAAAUCUGCAUUAUAAAUAGUACUACUCCAUAAAUAAAUCACUACAUAAUUAUACUUUAUAUUGGUACAUCUUAGUCUUUAAACAUCAUGGACAUGCUGACAUUAAAAAAUGGCCUGUUUGCAAAAUCUUUUGCAAAACAUUAAAGAGGUAGUAUAGAACGCAAAUAUCUACUAUGAUGUAAUUUUUUUAUUCAAGAUGUUUCUAACUUAAAACCAUACAUGUAAGUAUGCUAAAUCAAGUGUUGUUUAGGUUUACUUGACAGAGGUUUCUGUAAAUUGUAUUUUAUAUUUCAGAAUAUAUCAUUGUACAUUAAAUGUGGAACUUCAUAGAUUUUUGUUACUGUAAGUCAAAUAAACAUCUACAG